UGAUCGUAUUAACUUAUACGUAUUAAAUCAUGGCAGUGUUAUAUUCUUUUAUUAUUGAUAUUUUUCUUAUGAUUGUUAUUUUUGGGGCAAUCUUGUUUUUAUACAUAAAAUAUAAGUUCACCUAUUGGCAGAGACGAGGUGUUCGAACAUUGCCUAGCCAUUGGUUUUUCGGUAAUAUGAAAGAUAUAAUAAAAUUUCAAAAAUCUCCUGCUUUUGUGAUUGGAGAUUUACAUCAGAAAGGUUCUGAAGAUGACGACGUUCUGGGAAUUUAUAUUUUCCAUAAACCAUUCUUACUGUUGAGGAGUCCAGAACUGAUUAAGCAAAUUUUAAUUAAAGACUUUAAUUAUUUUCCGGAUCGUUAUUUUACGGCUCAAUCAUUUAAAGAUCAAAUUGGAAGUUCAAAUCUCUUUACGAUUCAUAAUCCCGAAUGGAAAUACUUAAGGACCAAAUUAACACCGGUCUUUAGCACUGGAAAAGUUAAAAAAGCUUUCAAUUUCAUCAAUGAAACCGCAGAAGCGAUGAACAAAUAUUUAGAAGAGCAGUUUUUAAAUGGCACGAAAACGAAAACUAUCGUAAUAAAAGAUAUUGCGACGAAAUAUACAACUGAUAUCAUAUCUUCCAUUGCUUUUGGAGUUCAAGUAAAUUCGUUUGAUCCUGCACAGGUGCAAUUUUUCGAAAAAGCCGAGAAAGUUUCAGAAGUCACACCUUGGCGCGCUUUUCAAUUCUUUUUAAUGUUUUUCUUCCCACGACUUGCACUGUACGUCGGUGGUCAAAUGUUAGGGACAUCUACAAACUACUUUCGUAAAGUAUUUUGGGAUUCCAUGGAUAGCAGAGAGAUGUCGAACGUUAAACGAGGGGAUUUGAUUGACUCUCUAUUGGAUUUGAAAAAUCAAAAGCAAGGAGAUGAAUUCAAAUUUGAUGGUGAUGCAUUAGUAAGUCAGUCAGCAAUUUUCUUUAUUGCCGGGCGUGAAUCAAGCAUAGUGACUAUAUGUUUUACGCUCUACGAACUCGCUAAAUAUCCAGAAAUUCAAAAAAAAGCACGAGCAGAAAUUCACGAGAAACUGAAGGAACAUGGAAUGAAUUAUGAGGGUGUACUGAGUAUGAAAUAUCUUUAUCAAGUUAUGUCAGAAACCCUACGACUAUAUCCUCCCGCUCCGCUCCUUGAUCGAGUUGCCGUAACGGAUUACAAGAUACCAGGCACUAACAUAGUUAUAGAAAAAGGAACACCUGUCUACAUAGCUUUGACUGGUCUUCACCGAGACUCGAGAUUUCAUCCAGAUCCUCUAUGUUUCAAUCCUGAUAGAUUCAGUGAUGAAAAUAAAGAAAAUGUCACGCAAUGUACAUACAUGCCUUUUGGUGAUGGACCAAGAGUUUGCAUUGGAACUCGACUCGGUUUAUUGCAGUCCGCUGUAGCUUUGAUUGCAAUACUUAAAGAUUACGAAGUUUCGUUAGAUCCUACAUUUAAAGGUGACGUUGAUAUCCGUAAGGUUUUUUUAUCGCCAGUAGAUGGAUUCAGAGUAAAUUUGACAAAAUUAUAAGCAAUCUACGAGAGGAUAAGUUUUUAGAAAAAUAUAUAUUUUUUUUAUAAU